AGGUAGCAUGACUGUAACCAUUCAAUUCACGACGACGGAGGAAGUGAAUGCAUCAGCUAGCUAGCACUUUGCUCUGAAUAACAGCUAAGUUACAUAUCUUACACGCAGUAAAUAAGAGAGCGUUUCUGUAAGGAUUGCCAUAUGGAUUCUCCUCGGCAAUCGAAGAACCGGAAUCGAGAGCCAAAGCGCAGCCAGACUCAGUCGAGCACUCCUCCUCAGAAAGACGCAUAUGCCAGGCUUCUCAGCCAGCACAGCAGCAGCAAGUUCAGUCUGUAUCUAGAGCAAUAUGCAAAGGACACAGCAUUUCAAAGGGAAGGAAAUGGGCCAAGCACACUGCUCAAAGCCCAGAGUGACAGGCAGAACAUACCACAGCGAAAAAGGGACCAAGUCCCGAAUGAUUUCUCUGAUUCAAGUGACUUCUCCCCCUCUUCCAUGAAAAGUAAAGGAGAGGAGAGUUCCCUGUCUUUAUACAUGGAGAAACUAAGCACCCGCAAUGCUCAGCAGGACUGUGAAAGGAAGCAGGGUGUGUCUGACAGACAGCGAUGGGGACAGAGAAGGGACACCGCCACCAGCCACGAUGGAGACGUCGAGUCUGGUGAGGAGCUUAGCACUUUAAAACCCAAUGACUUGAGGAAACACCAGAAGCAGCAGAAGAAAAGCAAGGACUCUAACAGAGAAGUCACCUCAAAAGAGACUGACUCAUUUGUUGGACAUCCCCAGUCCCCAAAGAAAGCCAGUACAAGUGGACAGGAGCAAGAGAAGAUGAAAAAGUCAAAGAAAAAAAACCUGCCAAAGCACCCGGAAGAGGAGAAAAGCAGAGAAGGGACAUCAAAGUCUGGGUUUGACACUCAGAUGUCCCCUUAUGGUAAAGACAAAACACUGCAGCAAUCCAGAGCUUCAAGUGCCAAUUCUCCUGCUGACAAGAGUAAGAACAAAGGAGGCAGAGGAUCAAAGAAACAAGUGUUUGAAUCCUACAUGGCAUUUGAGGAGGUUUCCCAUGGCCUUAAAAGAGGAGAACUUAUUCAGGGACAGAUAAGAAUCAACCCAAAGAAAUACCACGAAGCUUUUGUCCCAUCUCCUGAUGACACACGGGAUAUAUUUCUGGAUGGGAUUGUGGCUCGUAACAGAGCAUUGAAUGGAGACAUAGUGGUGGUGCAAAUUCUCCCCCGGGAGCAGUGGAAGGUUGUGAGGUCAGAUACUGACUGUGAUGGCACCAGUGAGUCAGAGAGCCUGAAAGAAAACAUUGUGCAGAAAAAGACAGCACGCACCCCCAGGCCUGAUGUUACUGUGGAAGACCAGUGUAGCGACCAGGAUGAACUCAUCCGCAAAGUGCAGAAUACCACCCUCACUGACACAGUGGAACCUCUGGAAGACCCCUCAACACCACGGCCCAAUGGGGAAAUACUCCAAAAGACUGCUAAAGUGGUGUACAUUGUUGAAAAGAAACACUCGAGAGCUGUGACAGGCUUCCUGAAAUUCCUACCAGAUAAGCCUUUUGCCAUGUUCUCCCCCGUGGACCACCGGGUGCCACGGAUUAACGUUUUCCUUGCUGACUGUCCCGAAGACUUUAGUUCCCGCCCGGGGGACUACAGCAACACCUUGUUCAUAUGUCGGAUCACCAGCUGGGCAGCCGACAGCAACUUUGCAGAAGGUCAACUUGCUAAGACACUGGGUCAGGCUGGAGAAAUUGAGCCAGAGACGGAGGGCAUCCUGGUAGAGUACGACGUUGAUUUUUCUGAGUUCUCAGAUGAGGUGUUAGACUGCCUUCCCAAGAACUUGCCCUGGACCAUCCCACCUGAGGAGAUGAGAAAAAGGAGAGACCUGAGGAAGGAGUGUAUCUUCACCAUUGACCCCUCUACCGCCAGAGACCUGGACGACGCUCUGUCCUGUAAACAACUCCCUGAUGGUAACUUUGAGGUGGGAGUCCACAUUGCUGAUGUGAGUUAUUUUGUGGGGGAGGACAACGCUCUGGAUGCCAUUGCCAGCCAGAGAGCAACUAGUGUGUAUAUGGUUCAAAAGGUGAUCCCCAUGUUGCCCAGGCUGCUGUGUGAGGAGCUGUGCAGUCUGAAUCCUCUCACUGACAGACUCACUUUCUCUGUCAUUUGGAAAAUCACACCGGAGGGGAAGAUCCUGAGUGAGUGGUUUGGCCGCUCAGUCAUCCGCUCCUGCGUGAAGCUGAGUUACGACCAUGCUCAGAGCAUGAUCGAAGCCCCUGAAAAGAUGUUCUCUGCUGAGGAGCUGCCACCUGCGGACCCUGAGCACCCCAUCGAUGAGAUCCAUCAGGCUGUGCUCAACCUGCACUCCAUUGCCAAGAACCUACGGGCUCAGCGCUUCUCCGGCGGAGCCCUCAGACUCGACCAGUUAAAACUGUCUUUUACCCUGGACAAAGAGACCAUGAUGCCUCAAGGCUGCUAUGUUUACCAGUACAGAGACAGUAAUAAGUUGGUGGAGGAGUUCAUGUUGCUCGCUAACAUUGCCACAGCCCACCACAUCCACUCCAGAUUCCCUGAGCUGGCCCUGCUCAGACGCCACCCUCCACCCAAGGCCAAAAUGGUGGAUGAGCUGCAGGAGCUCUGUGACCAGUUGGGAAUCGACAUAGAUCUCUCCUCUGCAGGAGCGUUGCAUAAGAGUCUCAAUACUACUCUUGGUGAUGAUGAGUAUACCACUGCCAGAAAAGAAGUCCUCACCCACAUGUGCUCCAGACCCAUGCAGAUGGCGUUGUACUUCUGUACAGGUGUACUCAAGGAGGAGCCGUUAUUUAAGCACUACGCCCUCAACGUUCCUCUCUACACUCACUUCACAUCCCCCAUCCGACGCUACGCUGACAUCAUUGUCCACAGGCUGCUGGCUUCCUCACUGAAUUGUGGGCCUAAUUUGGGGCUGUCAACAGAAGAAGUCCAAAAACAAGCAUCACACUGUAAUGACAAGAAGACUCUAUCCAAGAGAGUCCAGGAGCUCAGCUCUGAGCUCUUCUUUGGAGUGUUUGUAAAGGACUGUGGCCCGCUGGACUCUGAGGCCAUGGUGAUGGGGGUGCUGGAUCAGUCCUUCGACGUGCUGGUUCUCCGAUACGGAGUACAGAAACGCAUCUACUGCAAGUCUGUCGCCGGCCUGGACUCAUUCCACCAUCGCAAGGUGGGGAAGAAGUCCGAGCUGACUCUGGUCUGGACCCCAGAGGACCCAGAGAAAGCUCCAGAAGAGCAGGUUAUUUCAAUCUUCACGUUAGUGGAGGUGCAGCUGAAAGCGGACGGUGCACCCAUGAAAUACAGUGCGAUGCUCAAGAGGCCUGAGGAGAACGAAUCAUAAACACUUAAAACUGAAUUGCACAUAUUCUUUUGUUGUUUGGUAGUAGUAAUAGUUUAGAAGCAGUAUUUCUGUGGUAAGCAGGAAAAUCACUGGUCAGGUCAGAGUCAGAUUUCAAUGGAAAUUCCCACUAAAAGUUUCAGUCUUAACCAAAAGGCCCAUCCCAGUGUGUUUCAUAUGUUAGCCCACUUACUGCAAUUAACCCACGUGCAUGUACAUGAUGGCUGCCCUUUUCCAAGGUAUAUUAUGUGUUGGGAAAGGAACUUUGCUUCCAGCUUUUCUUUGGUUUCCUUUAAUUUACGUAAUACAUGGAAGGGAAGUCCACAUUUAUAGACAUGCAACAUGGACCCAUCCGAGGUAGAAGGCACAAAAGGCAAGUUUACCAUUUUAAUUUUUAGGGGUUUAAUUACCUUUUUAUUAUAGAGCAGCUGGAGAAUGACGGGGUCGGAUUCGAACCCGGGCCACUGCCAAGGACUACACGGAGUCCAUGCUUUAACGAGUGAGUUAGUGGUCGCCCUGGCAAGUUGACUUUCAUUCUUCAGAAAUCACGCCUGUGUUUCUUGUGUAAAGGAUAGUGGGGAGAGAGAGCAAGAGAGGGAGGCAAUAUUAGUCAAAGGAAGAAAGAGAGGCAGAGAAAAAUAAAAAACAAAUGGCUAUUAUGAUCUUUGUGGGCAUCUCUAGUUGGGCCAAAGGACAGAGGAUAGCGAGGCGCAGGGGCGGAUCCAGGGUUGGAGAUUUUGGGAUAGCUGGGUCAGGGCUAAGUUAGCUUUUUUUCAAAAAGUUUGAAAAAGAAACAUAAAUACAUACAGUACAAUGGUAUGCUUUGGAAAAUGGUUGACCGUGUGAGGUUUGACAUAUGAUUCAUAGUGAGUGGUUAAAAACUUGAAACAUGUUUUAUUUUAAGCCUUGAUGAUCUCACUAAUGGGCCCAUUAUUGUAUGUAAUUCAGUGGAUGGAUUUCAAAUUGAAUUGUGACCCAGGUCUGACAGUGAAAGAACCAAGGCAGCAAUUAGUUUUAUUUUGCUGUUGAUUAAUUGACCUUUAUGAGGACCGUUUUCAUGUUACAUAACUGUUGUACACAGUCUGUUUGAAAGCUGAUUUUCAGUUUAAUAUCAAUGACUGGUUUCCAGAUUCAAGAUUGAGGAGAGAGACUUAUUUUUGAGUUUUUAAAGCAAUAGAGUUCAAUACACUACUGAAUUUUACUUAUUUGGUUGUCUUUGACUGGCUAUGGUUGCUGUAAUAGAACUUGUUGUGGCUAGAGUGAAGUUAUUUGGACCAAACUGUAAAAAUGUAGCAGUAUUAACAAAGUAAAACCUUUGACUACAGCAGAUUGAAUGAACAGGUAUAUUCACGUCUGCAUAGAAACAAAAGCAAAACAAGAAAAACAGCAACCACAUGCCAUCCUGGACUUUUUACAUUGCCGGAUGUAUUUAUAGUGUUUUUAUAAAGGAAGAUUUUCCAGAUUUUUCUGGGGUGUGAAUGAAAGGGCUGAAGGGCCCCCUCAGGUCCUUCAUGUCAUAGUCAUGAAGUACAGCUCGUAGAACUUUUAAUUUGAUUUAAAUUCUUAAAAGGAGGGUCUCAGGAUCUAACAUAUUGUUGUAGUCUAAACGAGGCACAUUUUCUGUAUUUUGUGUGCAAGACAGGCCAAAGCCUUAUUAUUUCUCAACUCAUUAUUGUUUUUAAUGCAAAACAUUGGAAUGACUUGAAUAAGAAUUGCUGCUGAAGUUGUUGGUGGCCUUGAGUUCUUAAUGGAUUUUAUGUUGGCUAUUGUGCUUUAAGUGCUUCCAACUGUUGUAGGGUCUUUUUGUGCUCAGACUUGAUUUGUGGCACAUUUAAUGGACCUCAUUAAUAUCGACUGAAUAUCAGCCUUAAUUUAAUCAAGCAAAGAUUAAAUCAAAUGUUAAUGAAGCUGCACAUUUUAAGUGUUUGUGGGCCUCCCUUUUGCUUCAAUUGAGUCAGUGUGCCUCUAUUUAGUUCUAAGUGCCAUGAAGUGUCAUACAAAUGAGAUGCUACGUCUGCACAAUUUUGUUUUAUUUAUAAAUCUCUUUUGUUUGACGGAUUGCUUUUAGGCUUGUCAGAUUUUUGGAAGACCAUUAGCUAAUGUUUUUAAGUUAUUUUGUUUUACUGGACUGACAGUUUGAAACAUGGGCUUUAAAUGUAUUUUAAACCAGCAAGUUUCUGUAAGUACUAGUGCAAAACAACUGUACUCACUUAGUAGGAUGUGUUUCUGUGAUUAGGAUUUAAAAGAAGAAGAAGAAUUUCUCACGUCACAUUUGACAACCUCAGAAUGCAGCAAAGUUAUUGUGACAUGCAACUUUGAUUCUGGUCAGUAUUCUUUUGUACUCUGCUUAAGCACCAUAAAGAGUAAUAGAUGGUUGUCCUUGUCUCUAUGGAAAUAAAUACAUACAUGUAUGACUG